GUAUUGUUAUUUUAUCAGGCAAGGAUGUGUCAGCCCUUUUCCCUGAUGUUGUUAACUGUAUGCAGACUGACAAUUUGGAACUGAAGAAGCUUGUUUACUUAUACCUUAUGAAUUAUGCCAAGUCCCAGCCGGACAUGGCCAUUAUGGCUGUUAAUACUUUUGUCAAGGAUUGUGAGGACCCAAACCCGUUAAUUAGAGCUUUGGCUGUCCGGACCAUGGGUUGCAUCAGAGUUGAUAAGAUCACAGAAUAUUUAUGUGAGCCAUUGAGGAAAUGCCUCAAGGAUGAAGAUCCAUAUGUGCGGAAGACUGCAGCGAUUUGUGUGGCAAAACUUCAUGACAUUAAUGCUUCAAUGGUAGAAGACCAAGGAUUUUUGGAUCAGUUAAAAGAACUUCUGUCUGAUUCAAACCCAAUGGUUGUAGCCAAUGCAGUUGCUUCCUUAACUGAAAUUAAUGAAGCCAGUAGCUCUGGUCAGCCCCUCAUGGAGCUGAAUGCAUCAACCAUGAAUAAACUUUUAACUGCUCUGAAUGAGUGUACAGAAUGGGGCCAAGUGUUUAUAUUGGAUGCUCUCUCUCAAUAUACGGCGAAGGACGAGCGAGAAGCACAGAGCAUUUGUGAACGUAUUACUCCUCGACUGGCACAUGCCAAUGCUGCUGUUGUUUUGUCUGCUGUCAAGUGUCUCAUGAAAUUUAUGGAACUAAUGGUUAGCGAUUCAGAGUUUGUCAAGAACCUCUCAAAGAAGUUGGCUCCACCACUUGUUACUUUGUUGUCAUCUGAGCCAGAGGUACAAUAUGUGGCAUUGCGUAACAUUAAUUUAAUUGUUCAGAAGAGGCCUGAACUGCUGAAGCAUGAAAUGAAGGUGUUCUUUGUGAAGUAUAAUGAUCCCAUUUAUGUUAAGCUUGAAAAACUUGACAUCAUGAUUCGUCUAGCAUCAGAAGCCAACAUAGUUCAAGUACUCUCAGAGUUGAAAGAAUAUGCUACUGAAGUUGAUGUUGAUUUUGUUCGGAAGGCUGUCAGAGCUAUCGGUCGAUGUGCAAUUAAAGUUGAAACUUCAGCUGAGCGUUGUGUUUCAACUCUUCUGGAUUUGAUUCAGACUAAGGUUAAUUAUGUUGUGCAAGAGGCCAUUGUUGUCAUUAAAGAUAUCUUCCGAAAAUACCCCAACAAAUAUGAGAGUAUCAUUUCUACUUUGUGUGAAAAUCUAGAUACCCUUGAUGAACCAGAGGCCAGGGCUUCCAUGAUCUGGAUCAUUGGAGAGUAUGCUGAACGUAUUGAUAACGCUGAUGAGCUACUGGAGAGCUUCUUGGAAGGCUUCCAUGAUGAGAACACACAGGUCCAGUUACAGCUUCUCACAGCCAUUGUCAAGCUCUUCCUCAAGAGACCCACUGAUACACAGGAACUCGUGCAGCAGGUGUUGAGUUUGGCAACUCAGGAUUCAGAUAACCCAGACUUGAGGGAUCGAGGAUUUAUCUAUUGGCGACUACUGUCAACUGAUCCAGGUGCAGCUAAAGAGGUUGUUUUGGCUGAAAAACCACUUAUAGCAGAGGAGACUGAUUUGAUUGAACCAACUCUUUUGGAUGAAUUGAUCUGUCAUAUUGCCUCUCUAGCAUCUGUCUAUCACAAACCUCCCUCAGCCUUUGUUGAAGGGCGCACUGGUCUUCGUCGGGCACUACCAAAGUCUUCUGGAGGUAGUGACAGUGAAUCCACCGGUGAACAGCCACAGCAGCCCCAACCAACCGUUAUUCCCAACCAGGACUCGCUCAUUCCAGAUCUUCUCAAUAUGGACAUCAAUGCUCCUCCGGUGGUACCCCAGUCAACUCAGCCAGGUAAGGGAUAGUGAAGAUUUUAUAAA